AUGUUUCUUUAAAGACGAUAGCGAGAUAACGUAAUCAGGUGUUAUUGUUCAAAAGCAGCCGAAUUUCCGUGGGGGGCGUUUAUUUUUAAAUAAUAACAAAGUGAAAGGCAGGGUGGGAUCGAUCUUGAGCGAGGCCCAUCAUUUAAAACUGAUUUCCCCUUGUCGUAGGAAGCAUUCUACUGUAUAUUAAGAAAAUUCUGUGGUAAUAAGCACCAGUAAUAGUUGGCCUGAAAUUCUGUGAUUAAAUUGCUAGUGGCUCUUUGUAUUAAGUUAUGCAACACCAAUGAAGAAAACACCCAUUUUUCAGGGACAUAUUUGAUUUCCGCUCUCUUUCAGUCAGUCGUCGUACGCCACAAGUUAGAAGAAGCCAGGAAACUUGCUCUCCACUCAAGACAACAUGUUGUUUGGUUUCUGUACAUAGUGUCAAUGCAAAAUUUAUUCAGCAAUCCAUACUGUGUAUGCCAGAUAAUAGCUUAUUAGCAAAAUGAGUAUGAACACCACAACGUCUCAUGUUGCUCAUGGAGGAGAAGGAAACAUUCAAAAUGAUUCGCCAGCAACCAUGUGUAAGCCUGAUACAGAGUUCAGGUCUAAACUUUCGUGGAGAACUCGGAUUUCUUUCAGUGUUGGGCAUGUCUUGAACGAUCUAUGUGCUUCCAUGUGGUUUACAUACCUCCUCGUCUUCUUCCACCUGGUGCUUCGAUUUGAUAAUUCCCUAUCAGGAAUUGUUUUGUUAAUUGGUCAAAUUGCUGAUGGCAUUGCUACGCCGUUUGUUGGCCUUCAAGUUGGUGAAGCAUACUCCAAUCCAGCAGGCCAAAGAAGGCAUCAAGGUUCAAAAUGCUAUAAUGGACUUUUAGCGAAUUUUGGACCAAGAAAAACAUGGCAUUUCUUUGGAACAAUGUGCAUCCUGGCAAGUUUCCCAUUCAUUUUUAUGCCGUGCGUUGGUUGUUCAACUUCGUCGCAAUGGGCUCAAGUCAUUUAUUUCGCCGGCUUUAUCGUCAUCUUCCAAUUUGGUUGGGCAGCCGUUCAAGUGUCUCAUUUGUCACUUAUACCAGUGCUAGCCAACGAUGAACGUUCAAGAACUGAGCUUACGGCACUAAGGUAUGCAUUUACGGUUGCCUCUAAUAUUACCAUCUACGCUAUGACGUGGGUAACACUGGGUGUUACCGGAGCUUCACAACAAGUAGUUGGACCGGAAGAUACAACGGAUUUUCGGGAUGUCGUAUUGGUUGCGGUUGGCAUUGGCGCCCUUUUCUCAAUCUUUUUCCACUGCGGCGUGGAUGAGGUUAAGCACAACCAGGUGUACUAUUCCAGUAUGAACCAGCCGAAUAGCCCUUCCGCAAUGAAAGCGUUGGAUUGGCUGAAAGAAAAACAAUUCUAUCAGGUUGCCGUUCUGUAUAUGGCGACACGUCUGUUUGUCAACCUAUCGCAGGUGUAUUUGCCACUAUGGCUCCAGGACACGUUGCAACUUGGCGCAACCUCUGUCGCCACCACUCCUCUGGCUCUUUUCGUCUCCGGAUUCCUUACCUCUCUGGCCAUGGGAUCUUUGACUCAAGUUGUCGGCAGAAAGGUAGUUUACCUGAUGGGCGCUCUAAUCGGAAUGGGAGCAUGCGCUUAUGUCUGGUUUGGCAAUGGUGAAUUUUUUGAAACGUAUGGUGUUUACGGCGUUGCUGCACUAUACGGUGCCGGUGGCUCCACUAUGCUAAUCACUUCAUUAGCCGUUACGGCCGACCUGAUAGGACCCCACGUUGAAUCUGGAGCUUUUGUCUACGGCGCGAUGAGCUUCACGGAUAAAGUCUCGAACGGGCUCACCGUCUUCCUCAUCCAAUACCUGCACCCCUGCCAAUCCUGCUGCCCCGAGUGCAAGCCUUACUACGUCAUGAUUCUAGCGUUGGUUUGCGGCAGUGCCGCGUUGUUAGCCUUAAUGAGCCUUGCCACGAUGAUCCCACUCGACAUCGGUGUCCUACCGAAAGGCUACCAACGGAUCGCCAGCGACACGGAAGACGACGUCACCCCGGAAACGAAUCGAAAUAUUUCUGUAAUGGCAUGAUGAGAGAAUCGCUCAUUUUAACCUGCAGCAUAUUUCUACAUCGUCUGGGAGUUGGUCUGAUAAACCUGUUUGUUUUUGUUUUUUUGUUCUUUUUAUUUUUUUUUUCAAUCAACUGAAACGGCAAAGCAAACACACCGGUCUUGUUCUUUUGAAUUUUAAUUUCGCGCAAAAGGACGACGAUGUCUAUAUUUCUAUGAAAAUGAAUGCAAAUUCCUUCGUGUCUUUUGUUUUCGGUUUGGGUUUUUGUCUCGAAAUGACGCACUAGCAUUCCAAAUCGAUGCCGUAAAUUCUGUUUGUGAAGUCGCUGUGAUAGGGAUCGUCACCGAUCAAAUCAUACGGCAACCUCGUCGGUCUAUAUUGUAACCGUGUUUAUAUAGCAAAGAUUUCGCCAAGUAUCCAACAAAAACAAUGCCUUGAUGGUCUUUUGUUAUCAAUUACUCUCUGAUACGACGCCAAUAAACGAAUUCAUUCAAAAA